UGGGCAGAUGGAUCYCGCUGCACGUUGUGUUAAGCAGGAAAAGAAAUUGUUGACCGUCCUCUGCCAGAGUUGAUGUAAUACUCUUAAAUGUGUCUGAUAUUAUGGAGUGAAAAACGUAUUUAUUUCUGUGAAGUCCUAAAAAGCUGYUAUAUUCUGUUUAAUUAAACCGCCUGCCGUGAUGUCGGUAAAUCGUUGCGUGCAUUUGUUUUCCCGGCUUCAACGCCACUUUAACAGCCGGACGAGAUGCGUCACAGCGUGUAGCUUUCGUGUUUCUUCAGGCUCUAGUUCGUUACUCCAGCAGUAUCAGACUGGUUCUGUGGUUCUCCGUAGAGAUGUUUCUUCUAAUAACACAAAUUCAAAGCCUCCGGACACAUCGCUCUUUGUCCCCGUCKCCCUUAAAACCGACGACUUGGAUGAUGGGAGUGUAGGAGCAGAACUGACUCAGCCGCUUAAUAAAAGCGAGCUGCUUAAAUAUCUGAACCGGUUUUACAAAAAAAAGGAGACACAGAGGCUGGCAGCAGAGCAUGGUCUAGAUGCUCGUCUGUUCCACCAAGCUUUCGUCAGCUUCAGGAAGUUUGUUCUGGAAAUGACAUCACUGCCUGCUGAUUUGCACAUUAUUCUGAAUGACAUCACCUAUGGUGCAGGGCAYGUUGACGACAUCUUCCCAUAUUUCCUACGUCAUGCCAGACAAGUCUUUCCUAUGCUAGACUGCAUGGAUGAGCUGAGAAAGAUCUCAGACCUCAGAGUCCCAGCAAACUGGUACCCUGAGGCUCGAGCCAUCCAACGGAAAGUGAUCUUCCAUGCUGGACCCACCAACAGUGGAAAAACCUAUCAUGCCAUCCAACGCUACCUCGGAGCCAAAUCUGGUGUCUACUGUGGCCCCCUGAAACUGCUGGCCCAUGAGAUCUUUGAGACGAGCAACAGUGCCGGUGUACCAUGUGACUUGGUUACUGGAGAAGAAAGGACCAUUGUAGACCCAGAGGGUCGAGCAGCUGGACAUGUGGCAUGCACCAUUGAGAUGUGCAAUGUCACCACACCCUAUGAGGUGGCUGUAAUUGAUGAAAUUCAAAUGAUCAAAGAUACAUCUAGAGGCUGGGCRUGGACCAGAGCACUGCUGGGUCUGUGUGCCGAGGAGAUCCACGUGUGUGGGGAACCUGCAGCUGUAGACUUCAUCAAAGAGUUGAUGUACACCACUGGAGAGGAGGUGGAGGUUCACAACUACGAACGCUUAACUCCCCUCUCUAUCUCGGAUAAGGCUUUGCAAUCAACAGAUAACCUAAGACCAGGAGACUGCAUCGUGUGCUUCAGUAAAAAUGACAUUUACUUUUUGAGCAGACAGAUUGAGGCCAAAGGACUAGAAUGUGCUGUGAUAUACGGCAGCUUACCUCCAGGCACUAAGCUGUCACAAGCCAGGAAGUUCAAUGACCCUGAUGACCCCUGUAAGAUACUGGUUGCUACAGAUGCUAUUGGCAUGGGCCUCAACCUGAGUAUAAAACGUAUCAUUUUUAACUCUUUGACGAAGCCCAGCUUUAAUGAGAAAGGAGAGAAAAAGAUGGAGCUCAUAAGCACAUCACAAGCUCUGCAGAUUGCAGGCCGAGCAGGAAGGUUUUCUUCCAAAUUUAAAGAAGGAGAAGUCACGACUAUGUACCAAAGUGACAUCCCUAUUCUGAAGAAUCUCCUCAGCUACUCCGUAGAGCCUAUAAUGACCGCAGGGCUCCAUCCAACUCCAGAGCAACUCGAGAUGUUUGCUUAUCAUCUGCCUGAUGCGACUCUCUCCAACCUAGUUGACAUAUUCGUCAGCCUCUCUCUUGUUGAUGGUCUCUAUUUUGUCUGCAACGUUGAAGACUUCAAGUUUCUAGCAGAUAUGAUUCAACAUAUACCGCUUAACCUGAUGUCACGCUACGUCUUUUGUACCGCCCCCAUCAACAAACAGCAGGCCUUUGUUUGUACAACCUUCCUAAAGUUUGCACGUCAGUUCAGUCGAGAUGAGCCCUUAACGUUUGGCUGGGUCUGUCGGCAUAUUGGCUGGCCUCUAGCUGCACCAAAAAACAUCAAAGACUUGGUUCACUUAGAAGCUGUCCAUGAUGUGUUGGAUCUGUAUCUUUGGUUAAGCUUCCGUUUCUUGGAUAUGUUCCCAGAUACAGCCUCCAUCCGAGAUAUCCAGCGGGAACUUGAUGAUGCCAUUCAACAGGGUGUCCAAAAUAUUACCCGUCUGAUCAGAACCAGUGACCCAGUCAUCCCUGACCUUCUGCAGACACUGAGCAGCACUGGUGACCCAGCAGAGAGUGCUCGUGGAGCUGCCAGCAAAACUGAAAUGACCAGAAGCAGAGGUCAGAGAGGCUCCAAGGACAGCAUAAGCAGCUCUCUGACCAGUCGACUGAUCAGAGAUGGGCUGUUGACUCCAGAUCUGCUCAAACAGCUGCAGAGGGAAUGGUCUCAGAGCCAAAAGCAGAAAGCCGGUCAGAGUGCGUUCCACGCGGAACAAAAUAAGAUCGACGAGUAGAAAACGAAGAAAUAAAUGUCAAAACAUAUUCUUGUUGGCCUCCAUCAUCAUCAUCUAUUUGAAUGGACAUCAGUAACACAUGGGAGCGCUGAAGCAGCAGCUCAUCAGUAUUGUAUCAUUGGAUGCUGGUAAAAGAAGAUGGACUGUCAACUCAGCAUCACAUCAUGGACACAUGUUUGAUUCUGGACAAUUAGUCUGGAUUGUGAACUAAGAAAACUGAAUUAUUUAAACCUUUACACAAUUUAACAGUCACUUCCUCUGAUUUUUUUUUUAGCUUACAAACCAAACAGACAAAGAAAACAUGGCUAGAAAACACUUGUAGCACAGGUUACUGAUCCCUUUGUUUUCUUUCUGGAAAAUCUGACAUCUGGAAAGUGAUUCUUGUUUUUGUGAACAGAAUUGCUGUGGAAAGUUUUUGUGCCUGUUUAAGGAAAAUUUGCUGCCAACAAACUGCUUGACUUCACUUCGAUGAGUCUGACAGGAGUCUUUCAGCAGAGGCAUGAAGGCUGUUUUAGAGGCAAGAAACUUUUAAAAUGCAUUUGAUUUUUUAUUUUUAUUUCACUCAGUUCAAGCAGGGGACUCUUCAGAAAACUGACUGAACCAUAAACACAGGAUGAACCAUUUCUGUUGGUGUCCAUAGCUGAAUAAAUUUAUUAGAUUUUCUUUUCUGAACAUUUAAAUUUGUAWUAUUUGAUAAUAAAACAUUUUACCUGUCUGGAUUUUUA